AUGGCGGCUGCAGCGAGAAAGGAAUUUCAAGAUAUUGUCGAGGUCAUGCUCUAUGAAGACAGCGACUCCAGUUCCUAUUGCAGCGACGAUGAAGACCUAGAUUUGCUUCUUGUUGAUACGAUGUUUCCAAACCAAGCACCUCAAAACUCGCACGUUAGAAUAUGCACGACGUCAGAAGAUGAGACCAACAAUAUUCUGGACGAUAAAGCUUUCACCAACAAAUGGUUCAAUCGAACACACAAGUUAGACAUUAGCAAGUCUGACUUGAUUGAUUUGCUUAAAGCAGCUACUAAAUAUCAACUAUUCCAGUUCGAUGGUUCUCUUUACCAACAAGUAGACGGUGUUGCAAUGGGAUCUCCGCUAGGUCCACUUCUCGCCAAUACCUUUCUGUGCUCAAUCGAGGAGAAACUUCAACGAAACAAUCAGCUUCCAUCUUUCUACAAAAGCUAUGUUGACGACACUCUAACUAUUAUGGACAAUAUUCYAUCAGCUGAGGCCUUUCUUGAUGUCUUAAAGGGAAUCCAUCCCUCAUUAGAUUUCACCAUGGAGCUGGAUAGCGGCAGCCCGCCAUUCCUUGGUGUCGAGGUAAUCAAGUACGACCAUCAUCUAAGUACAAGAGUAUACAGAAAAGCGACCAAUACAGGAUUACUCCUACAUUAUCACAGUCAUGUUGAUAACAAGUACAAACGUUCUUUGCACAAUACYAUGCUUCACCGCGCUUAUUGUUUAUCGUCAACAUGGGAGUUCUUUCAUGAUGAAUGCAAUCGUAUUAAAGAMGUCUUCRGAGCGUUAAGAUAUCCACGCGACUUGMUUGACUCGUCAAUUCAAUCCAUCCAAGAUGAAAGAAAAAGAAUCAAACCAGGAAUCCAACAAUAUCGACACUGA